AGCCGAGAGUGAACAUGUGCGGCCACAUUCACGAGCAACAACACAAACUGUUGUGCUCACCUCUCAAGGCGCUCGCUGACACUUUGAUUCAGAGGACGGGCACUCGUUAACAUUUGUUUCCUAACUUUUUUCUUACUGUUGGAUUAUUCCUAUUUUUUUAAACGUCUUUCAACCGGUGGAAUGGAUAUUUACAUUUUACUUUCCGUGUUGUCUGUUUUGCACUCCUGGGUUUUAAGCACAGCGUUCUCUGCGCCCGCUGAAGCGUCACCCACCGUCAGCCAAACGCGCCAUGUGCGCAAGAAGCGCUGCUCGUGCGCGACUUUCAUGGACAAGGAGUGCGUCUAUUUCUGCCAUUUGGACAUCAUAUGGGUCAACACUCCUGAGCGCAUAGUCUCUUAUGGCUUAGGCAAUGCCCCCAGGAAGAGACGUUCGGUCCAGGUCGCCCCGGCAACCGAGAGCAGUGGCUCCAGAUGCCAGUGCCUGCAUCGGGGAGACCUCACCUGCUCUAACUUCUGCCAGAGGCGCGACAACACCAACCUCAGGGAUGAGACAUCAGCAAAGACUGAGAUCCACUCCGCUGAGAGCCCUGAACUGGCGACUGACAGCAGCAUGAUGAAGAGGAUGAAAAUUCAAAGAAGGGCGACGCCUCCUUGGCUCAGAGCCGCGAACAAAACGCAGCAGCUUCUGAAGACGUGGACGAGGAGCCACCGGGCGAGAACGCGGCAGGCUGAGCGGACGACCGCCUAAAGAUGGCCCGUUCUACUUUCAAGCCAGAAGAGGAAGCCGAAAAGCUUUCGUAACCUUUACCAUUGCGCGGAGUACCUCAGGGAUGUGAUGUGGAGCCCUUCCAAGGCCGACGACCACCUUAACGUUGGCGACGUGAGCGCCUACAUCUUGAUUGCAUCCCAAGCAGAGCGGGGACAUAGAGACAAGGAGCUGAGAUCGCAAAAGAUAAGCUGAAGACAAGAACUUUUUUUUAAGUCAAACUACAUCAUCACCUGUAUGCACUCCAAAUAGAACUUUAAGAAUAAUUUCUAUAUAUACAUUUUUUUAAACAUAAGACACACACUGCCAUCUAUGGCUUAUUAUAAUUCCCAAAAACUUGGAUGCCAAGUCAUGAACAAGCCAGUUUGGCUGAACCACUUCCUGUUUAUGUCAAGACUCUACACUGAGACCAAAAAAAAUUUUUUUUUGUUGAAUUUCCAGAAUUUUAUUUUGUGGCUGCAUGAAAAAAAAAAUCAUCCGGAUCCAGAUACAAUUUUUAUGUAGACGAUACAUCUACUGAAAAAAAUGUAUCCAUACCCAGAUGAAUUUAUUUGUGUAGCCACUUGCCAAAAUAAAAGUAAAUAAAUUCAAAAAAAAAAAAUCAGUGUGUCCCGUUAUGCAGUUCUCCAGCUCAUGGGAAUUAUCAUAUAAUGGUUCUCCCUGAAAAAAAGUAUUUUGUUCCUUAAUGUGUUCGGUCUUAUAUUUUGUCAUAUUUAUUUGCAUAUUUUGACUUUGUUCGACAACCACAUUGGUGAUACGAUAGGUGUGUCAUUUCUAUGAAAUGUUUCAACAUCAGCAAGCCAAAUUUCUGGCAAAAUAUUUGAAUAAAUCUGAACAUGUUUAUUUAAAA